CCAGUGAGGCAGGAUCCCCGCCCGCAGCACACAGCCGACGGCGCCGCUGUAGCUCUCCCUCUCGCCGCGUCGCCGCCGCUCAGCAUGCGCUCUCUCGCCUCGGCUCUGCUGCUCCUGGCGUGCCUCUCCCGGGAUGCCAUCUGCGCCGCGAAGGCCGCCCUCGCAGCUGGAGCCGCCUGCCCGCCGCCCUUCGCGAAGGUCGGCGACGAAUGCUUCCACUUGAGUGAGGACAAGAGAAGCUGGAACGACGCCCGAAGGCGGUGCCGGGGCAUGGGCGGAGACCUCGCCGUGCCCUCCGACGUGCGUGCCCUCGACACCUUCGUGUUCGCCAGAGUGGAGGGCCCCGGAGUGUGGAUCGGCGGCACCGACCAGGACAACGAGGGCGUGUGGAACUACCUCAACGGAGACGCCAUCAAGGCCCAGGACUGGUCCGGGAAUCAGCCCGACAAUUAUGGCGGAGGAGAAGACUGCCUGGAGAUCCGAAGUUACUUUAAUCCUCCGGUUAACGAUUACAUUUGCUCGGUGGAACAGCAUUUCGUCUGCGAGAUCGAGAUCUCGUGUCCCAAACCCUUUAUCAGGAUUGGGAUGGAAUGCUUCUAUCUGAGCACCGAAGCCCUGCCAUGGAACGCGGCCCGUCGGGAGUGCCAGGCGAUGGGCGGCGACCUGGCUGUGCCCUCGGACGUCGAGGCUCUUGACGACUAUGUCUUCACUAAGACAAAAGGCCCCGGAGUGUGGAUCGGCGGCACCGACCAGGACAACGAGGGCGUGUGGAACUACCUCAACGGAGACGCCAUCAAGGCCCAGGACUGGUCCGGGAAUCAGCCCGACAAUUAUGGCGGAGGAGAAGACUGCCUGGAGAUCCGGAGUUACUUUGAUCCUCCGGUUAACGAUUACGUUUGUAGCCGGAGUCAGCGUUUCGUCUGUGAAUUUCAGGUUUAAGGAUUCACAAGAGAAGACUUUUGGCACAGCAGUUAUCACCUUAGGCAGUGCAUUAAUUGUCUUGAUUCAUCUUACUCUGCUAAGCCUAGCAAGUACGAUACGCAAUAUUGUAAUGACAUUUUUCAGAGAAAGAAAGUGAAAAAAUAUUUUUAUGCAGUGCUUUCGGAUCGAGUGUAGGCCUACCUAGGGACAACUAUUUAAUUAAAUACUGCAGUUCUGUUUAUUCAGUUGAGUAGUUAAGUAAUGUUUUGUUAAUGGCCAAUGGACGUAUGGUUUUAAUGAUCUAAAUGGAAUUUGCUUUGUUUUCUUAUAUAGAUAUUUUGAGCUUUGAUCGUCCAGUCCUUUUUUAAUUUUCGUUUAGUUCGUUUUUUGUCGCACUUUUGUUCCUUUUAUGUUGCUCUAUUUCAUUGAAGUUUUGCUUCAUUCUCAAGUCUACUGCUUGUGUUUUAUUAGCUAUUUUCAGUUUUAGUUUUGUUCACUUCUAUUUCACUUUUAAUUCUUAUGCGUUUCAUUUCCUUUUUAUGUUACUCUAUUUCAUUUAAGUUCUGCUUCAUUCUUGUCUACUACUGCUUGUGUAUUAUUAGUUUUAUAUUUGUUCACUUCUAUUUCACUCUUAAUUCUUAUGCCUGUUUUAAAGUUUGGUUCUGUGUUUGAACUGCUUUAGAUUUUACUUGUUUUAUUAACUAUAUCUAUCUUUAGUAUUAUACACUGAAGUCCUGUUUCACUUUUCAGGACUUUGCAGCAUUAUUUACUGUAUCGUUUGGUUUUAAUUUGUAAAGUUAAGUUUUUUGUUUUUUGUCUUUUGUCUGAGUUUUAGUCACCUUGUUUGUUUAGUUUUCCAUUGAGAAAUGUAUGAUUUGUACUCUCCCCAUUAAAGGACAUUCUGUGAA